AGAAGGUUGUUGUUUUCUAAUUGAAAAUAAGAAAAUACAUAGUAAAUUGUGGGUGCCUGUUUAAUUUAUGUAUUUUUAAAACUUAAUGUAACUACGUGCUGUCUAAGCGAUGCAUGAUAACUAGGUUUUGUCUGUCCUGGUUGUAGUUUGUGUCGUAUUGUUUUGGUCGCCGUCUCGUAUAUUGAUUUGUAGUAAGCUACUGACCUAGCUAUGCUAGAGAAGAUUCAGGAUUUAAAUAAUAAUAAAUAAAUCUGCGCUUAAUGUACAUUUAUACGGGUGUCACGAUAUUUAUUAUUGUAAGUCAUGCAAUGUCUAAUGAAUGUGUAAUUUAAACAAUAUUUCGAGAGAAGAAAACUAUUUAAAGUGAUUACCGUAAUGGUGUUAAGUUCACAAUGAUGACGCCUAUAGAGGAGAAGAAAGAUGAUAAGAUCCGCACAGGCAUGGUGCAGGUGUCGGACGGCAAGUCCCGUCCGAUGCCGGCGCGACUGGUGCUGACGAUGGAAGCGGUGACGGUGCAGCGUGAGAUCAUUGUUCCUCCGCAACCGCGAGACCCAAGAGUUCCACAUACUAGGGAGCGAAUGGUUCAAAUAACACGUCAGAAAGUUGGUGGGUUAGGACUUAGUAUAAAAGGCGGCGCCGAACACAAGCUGCCCAUCCUUAUUUCCAAGAUAUACAAGGAUCAGGCCGCGGAUCAGACGGGACAACUGUUUGUCGGCGAUGCAGUUAUUAAAGUUAACGGUGAAUACAUAACGGCUUGUAACCAUGACGACGCCGUAAACAUACUCCGUAACGCCGGCGAUAUUGUCGUUCUAACUGUCAAGCACUAUCGGGCUGCUACUCCCUUCUUACAGAAACAAGCGGAAACAGCGUCCGACACUGACAGCAGUACAGGAGAUGAUCAUCCUUCACUCCACGGAAAAGUUGACGAUAAUUGUAACUCUGAGAAGACUGAAACUAAUGGGGGAUGGCAGAGUGCAUGGGGUGAUUCUCAAGAUGCGCAAUCAAGGCCUUCCUCAGUUGCCUCCGAUCGUCUCCCAGAGGGAACUAGGGAGUGGGUUGAUGUUGUUUCAGUGCCGCUUAUGAUGGGUUACGUGACCCGAUACGUUUUAGGAACAGAUAAGCUAAGACCCGGAGCUUUUGAAGUUAGAGGUGCGCGUACGCAUGUUACGACAGGCGUCGUGCACGUAGAAGAGCCGGCCGCACUCUCGCACUGGCUUAAGAGCAUCUCUGACAAUAUUAUGGGACUCACCAAUUUGCAGAUGAAACUGUUUAACCGCCAUCUAGCGAGCGGCGAGCGAAUCGAAUACAUGGGAUGGGUCCAGGAAGGUGAAGUUUGUGGGGGACAACCUUGGCAGACCUAUCGCCCUAAGUUUCUUAUUCUUAAAGGGACCGAUGUUAUGCUCUUUGAUUCUCCACCGACGAACAUCACGGAACUAGCCAAAUGUCCGGAGACGCUAAAGGUGUACCAGACCAUGUUUCGAACGGUUAAAGAGAGUGAGACAGUGGAUUGGAGGCAGCACUGCUUCUUGGUCCAGAGCUCGGCCCCGGGACCCGCCCCAACUGGUCCGAGAUACUUCAGCACUGAGACGAGGCAGGAAUUGCUACGCGUCGAAGCUGCGUGGACAGCUAACAUUGUCAACUCGGUUAUACGACUUGGGAAAAAGACUUUCACGGUAGUGCAUAUGGGUCGCGCGGCUGGGCUUACCUUAGACUGGUCAAGUGGAUUCUCUUUAAGCGAAGGCACUCCUGGUGCUCCACCUGUUUGGUCCUAUAGAUUUUCUCAACUGAGAGGCUCUAGUGAUGACGGGAAAUCUAAAUUAAAGUUACAUUUCCAAGACACCGAAACAAAAGUCAUUGAAACUAAAGAACUAGAAUGCCAGAUCCUUCAAAGUCUUCUCUUCUGCAUGCACGCGUUCUUAACGGCGAAGGUGGCUUCCGUCGACCCCGCGUUUCUCGCUUCCAUACAACACUCUAACUAAAAACUUACACAAAUAAUAUAGCCUAGACAUGGCACCUAAUAUCAGGCAAAAAAAGAUUAAAAGGAAAAGUCCUGCCCUAUGACAGCGUCGCGUGUCACACAUUAAACGGUGGACAAGACGUGUUCGUUCGUACGCAGUACGUACGUACUAGUGGGCAAUGCUUAAUGCAAUAUAAAAAACUUGAUAUUAUAAACCUUCGAAUUAUUCGAAGGUACUUUAAACUUUUCUUCACUAUUCUAAAUGUCACUUUUCAUUCAAAUUAACCCGUUUGACCAUUAAAAUAUUAAUUUUGAUAACUGCAAUCGUAAAAUUGCUAUAAUCUAAGAUUUUAAUAUGAACAUUUUAUAUAGGAAAUAAUAUCGAUUCGGAAUAUUGACAUUUGACAAUAAUUUGAUAUCGAUUUGUCCUUUAAAUGUAAUGUCAUUAAUUUUUUUAAUUGGAAAUAAUAAUGACAUAGUUACAAUAACAAUAUUAUAAAUAUAAAAACGAAUCUCAAAUAGUAUAUGUUUAUAAAGCUCGAACACAAAUUAACCAAUUUCUUUACUCUUUCCCUUUGGAAAUAAGGCUAGAUACUUUCCAAUUGGCUGCGGAUGAUUUACUAUGACUGUGUGGGCCUGGGUAUCCGGAAGCUAUAUCCAGGAUGCUCCCUUUCCUCGGUUAAAUACUAUGCGAUGGUUCGGUUGUCGCGUGUCAGUAUAUUAAAAAAAAGGAUUCCAAGAAUCGAUCAGACUAACACUACCAUCAACGGUGGUGUGUCCCACUCCAGCAUCCUUAAAUAAUGGUAAAGAAAGUGUAGUAUGGUAUGCGGUCUAUAGUUAGUGCGCACGCGACAGUGGUUAAAAUAUAACGCCUCAUCGUUGCGCCAUGACGCCAGAGCCGGACCUACCAUUUCCGGUUCGUGUGUCAAAGUCAAAACUGUCAAUUGUCAUCCUUCUUUGACUGAUAACGAUUUAACGCAAACAAUGACUUUGACAGUGUAUCGGACGUCUGGUUGAAUUGUUUGUAAAAUGCGCAGAAAAUUCGAAAAAAAAAUAUCUUAACAAUAUUUUUCAUAUUUAAAUGAAAAAAUUUGGUUAAGCUGGUAAGAGGGUGCUGCAAAUAUUUUGUGAGGUUCAUUCAAUGCCAUCUCCUACUCACGGUAAAUUUAUAGUGGUUCAAAGAGAAAUGAAAAAUCUUGAAAUUACUGAGAAGUAUAAAAAGUUAUGUGAAUUGGUAUUUUUAAAUCAAUUCCCUAUAAUAUUUGUAUAGGCGUUUUUUGCUGUCAGUUUUGGUGCUUAUGAACAUACUUGCCCGUACGAUGGCAACAUUACGCGAAAUGUCAUUAACAUCUCAUUUCUUGUCUUCCUCUUUAAUUGAAACGAAUAUUGUUAAAAAUUCUAAACCUAUAACUUAAGUUAUAAAACGCGGUUGUUUCUGAUGUUAUUCUAAAAUUGUUGAAUUUGAUAUUUAAUUAUAAAAUUUUAACUUAGAUUAUUUAAAUAACUUAAGAAUACUCAGACUUCAUGACUGAACUUCGUUGGGACUCGUGCUCUUUUGCGCUAAGUUAUAAUGUUAAUAAUAUCUCAAAUUAGGCUCAACUUGGCCAGAUCUCGUGUGGUAGUAGAAAGUUUUGCGCGUCUCAUUGUCAAUGUCCAACUUUGUCGAAAACUAUUCUUGCAUUUGAAAAUUCAUGUGCUUUGCACGCGUUUUUUUUAAGCAUUAAAGUUGCAUCAACAUGCUUGACAAUGAAUCAUUCGUAAAAUAAAAAUAUGGAUUUAAACUGAAGAACGUAUGACGAAAUGAUUGCACCUUUCGAACGAUUGUGAUUGGUCCAGAUCAACACGCGACGUAUACGUCAUAAUAUUACGUCCAAUCACAGAUCUUGUCAGUCGUGUUACAUUCUUUUCUCCAGGUAUUAUCUGAAGGGUAUAUCUCGUUGUAGUAUUAAGCUUCGCAUUUAUGAACAGUAUUAUUUUUCUCGCUAUAUCAUCGAAUAUUUUUUCCACUUAGCGUUUAUCAGAUUAGAUAGAAUAUAAUUAUACAAUUUAUUAGUAAAAUAUAUAUGCGUUGAAACGCCCUUGAAUAUUAGAAGCACUAGGCUUUUUGGACAACGAUUCGUUUUAUAGAGGCUAUUUUUACUAGUGAAAUAUUGAGCUACAGUAAAUUUGUUUUAGUCACAGAUAUUUUUGAUCACGAUCUUUAAAAGCAAAAUCUAUGUAUUUAUUUUUUGUACCCGAGAAAGAUGCAUUUAAAAUUAUUGCGUAGUAAACUUUGCGCUAUCGUCAUAUCAUUAAAUUAGGCAAAAUAUAUUUAUCUUAAAUCUUAUUUUAUAGAUUUGUUAAAUCUUCUAUAUUGGCUAAACCAUAAAAGUUAAGUUUUUAGAUUAUUGAGAGGCUAAUAAUUCGUAUUAAUAUAAUAACAAUACUAUAUGAUGGUAUAUUACAUAUUUAAUUCAUUAAAAGUAAGUGAUUAACGUAUUCAACGCCAUUUACAAAUCAGCUUGCGCGGCGUCUCGUUCUUAUAAGAGUAUUAUAAAAUCAUUUGUGUAUCUGCCAUUUUGUGUCGCAGAGCUUAGACACGAUUCCACGCGUUACGCCUCUAUAGUAUUGUUAUUGGUUUUAGAUAUAAUAGAUGUACAAAAUAUUUCUUCGAACGAUUUUAGUCAAUUCAACAUGCUUAAAGGCACAUUUAUCAGUCAAUUAAUAUUUAUGCAACUCCAACGCUUCAAAUUUAUGUAGAAUAUUUGUCCUUGCAUUUUGUGAAUCAUUCUUUGCAUGCUUGAGAUGGUUUUGUAGAUUGAAUCCAGUUAAAUUAAGUAUGAAAAUGAAUACUACUUACCGGGCUAAUUUUUUCAGUCGAACGUAUUUAACGUUGUAUGUGACGGCCGUAUUUAGUCAAUUUAGAGUAAUUGCUCAAAGACUGAACUAGGCGUGUUUUUAUUUUUAGACAAAAAUGUACUCUAGGUCAUUGCAAGAAGGGCUAUUGAAAUCUGUAACAUCCUUUCAUGUUGAUGAAAUGUCCUAACAUCGCUCGUUUAAUUUUCGUAUGUACCUCCCGUGUUGUGACCCCGUGUUUGAUGUAUGAAACCCAUGUAAAUACUCAAUAUACCAUUAGUUAUAGAUACGUACGUCCAAAUAUUUCAGACAAUUAUGAAUUUUACCUCAACGCAAACAGAUCCGAGAUUCGGUUCCAAAUAAAACAUUUCUACAAUUUCAAGAUUGAUUAAGAAAUGUGUGAAACGAAAUCGAUUUCACUGUUUAUACAGGUGUCCAAGCCGGAAAAAUAAAUUAAUAUAUGUAAUAAAAAUACUCAAAUUUGGUUUGAAUUUUUAGUUUUGCUCUUGUAAUUUAUUUUAAUAUCAAUUAAAAAUAUAUAUAUAUAUUUGGUACAUCCUGUGUAAUAGUUAUAUGGCCGUGGUAAAGCCAUGUAUCCGUAGUUUGUAUUUGGAACCGAAUUAUUUUUAAUAUAUAGUACAUAAUAAAAAAUUGUAAAACAGUCAUUUAUAUCGACAAUAUGUGUGUAGAUUGGUAUUAUCAUUAUAUGGAAGUGACCAAUGUAUGAAUUACGUAAAAGUUUUAGCUCAAUUUUAUGAUACUCAUUCACUAUAAACCAUAUUUGAAAGAAUUACAGUCAUAAUCUGUUUAACGAUAUUGAAGGGACUACUCAUAUUUGGUCGUAAAAACCGAUAGUCGUAACAGCCGAUGACGUUGUUAUUAAGUACCUAAUACCAUAGAAUUCAGCCGGGACCUUUGAAUUUUGUUAAUAUAACCGGUAUGUUGUUCUAAACGAUGUCAGUAAACGGUUUUGACUGUAGUUUGAAAGCCUUAGAGCUGUUUACUUUUAUAAGCCAGGAAGUAUUCUCCGAUUUUAUAGCAAAUAUCCUUUCGUCAAAUCCAAAAUAUUUUGUUUACGAAUAUCAUUUGGAUAAUUGUAACUAGUUUGAAUCUAUUUUUAAUUUUCAACCUGUGGUAAUUCCAUCUCGUCGUUUUGGUAAUACAUUCUUCAAAUCAACGAAUAUAUGAAUUUUUCGACAGGAAUUAUUUGGAAUUUUAUAUAUGGUCCUGAAAAUAGCUUCAAUUGUUACGUGAAAAUAUGUACAAUUAAUAUUUAUUUAAUUUUUCUUAUUACUAGGGAAUCGUAUUAUUUGCCAUUUCGUACAUUUCAUGGCAGAGUAUGGUAAUGAAAUGUAUACUUGUAACCACAAUAAUGUUAGUUAGUGGUUGAUAACUAGUUAUUUAUUACUUGUUGAUUAUGUAAACU